AUGCCGCCGCCGACGACGACGACGACGAGGCCGGCACCGGCGCUGCCGGACGAGCUUCUCGAGGAGAUCUUCCUCCGCCUGCCCCCGGACGAGCCGGAGCACCUCGUGCGCGCCUCCCUCGCCUGCAAGCUCUGGCUCGGCCUCCUCUCCGGCGCUCGCUUCCGCGGCCUCUACCGCGAGUUCCAUGGAGCUCCCCCCAUGCUGGGAUUCCUUUACAACUGGUUCUUUUGCAGCGGCCCGAAGGAGGAUGACCCCGUGGCAAACUUCGUCUCCACCACCAAAUUCGGUGCGCUCGUUCCCGACGGCGAUGGCUGGGACCGUCAGUACACUCCGUGGGACUGCCGCCAUGGCCGAGUCCUCCUCGGGGACUACACUGGGCUCAUCGUUUGGGACCCCAUGACAGGCCGCCAGAUGAAGCUGGAAGCGCCCGUUGGCUAUGUUGGCGCUGCGGUGCUCUGCGCUGUGAGGGGAUGUGACCACCGUGCGUGUCAUGAGGGCCCCUUCCGGGUUGUCCUCAUCGGCCUGGACAUGAAUGAGGAUGAUGGUGAUUGUGUUGCACACGCGUGCGUGUCCUCGCCGGUGACGCCCGAGUGGAGCAAGGAGUGCUCUGAUUCUCAUUUUGAUGGGAGGAGCAGGGCGUGCUCUGAUUCUCGUUUUGAUGGCUGGAGCAAGCAGUGCUCUGGUCUUUAUCUUCUCGCAGGCGAUCCAAAAAUCGAUGCACUGCCUCCUGUCCUCGUUGAUGACGCACUUCACUUCAGGCUUACAGAUGACGAUGAGCGUGUAGGAAUUCUCAAGUACGACUUGAGCUCUAAUUGCUUAUCAAUGAUUGAUGUGCCGCUUACGAGGUUGGCCAUUGUCUGGCCCGCUAUCCUCAUGGCAUUGGAGGAUGGCAGCUUGGGGUUAGCACACUUGGACGGGUUAACCCUCUAUCUAUGGUCAAGACUGAUAGAUUCCAACGGAGUUGCGUCAUGGACUCAGCAUAAAGUCAUCGAUCUAAAUGAACUUCUCCCCAUUCAAAAUCCCAAGAAAAGAAUUAGUGUUAUUGGAUCUGUCGAGGGCCAUGAUAUCAUUUUCGUGAACAUAGAUCUUGGCAUCUACGAGAUUAAUUUGAAGACAUUACGGUGGAAGAAGCUAUGGAAGAGAGAAAAAUUCCGUUCUUUGAUUCCAUACAUGAGCUUCUACAAUCGACAAGAAAGGGUGAGGCCCUGCAAGACAUUGACAACGUAUGGUUGA